AGGAGUUUACUUCCACUUGGUUGCAAGGAGAAAGAUGGAGAAAGCGAGAGACGAUUGCAAAAAGAAAUAACUUAGUCCAUUUUCUCAGUGCUGUUUGGGGGCUUUGUGCUAAUACUUACAUUGCAGAGGAGGGAGGAGACGGGACUGAGGAUGGAGGGGAGCAGAGGAGGCAGGGGCGGAGCCUCGGCGGGCGAAUAAAACCCCUCGCUAAAGAGAAGCACGUUAGUGUGUGGAGAAGCCACUCUCCCGAAACCAGAGGGAUGGGGCAGGCUGUGCAGUAGAACGGCGAUCGAAAAGAGGAAAACAAGGGCACGAAGACCAGCGAGAAAGAAGAGGACACCUGGGAAAGGCGGAAGCAGAAGACGGGGAAGGGAAAAGAAACCCAUAGCAGGUGGAAACCAGAUCUAGAGCAGCACGGUCAGGUUCACAGUUUGUUUUUCUAGAAGAGAAGAAAGUACCUGAGGAUUGCUCUUUUUUCCUACCGUUAAUGAAAACUACUUUUGUCUUCAUCAUAAAAGAAAAAACUAAGGGGAGGUAAAGUCAGUCUCCUGUUUUAUUAGGGGGAGAGGUGAAGGGAAAUCCAGGCUCACUUUCUGAAUAAGCCACUGCCUGGUGCACAGAGCAGAACCAUCCUGGUUUCUGAAGACACAUCCCUUUCAGCAGAAUUCCAGCCGGAGUCGCUGGCACAGUUCUAUUUUUAUAUUUAAAUGUAUGUCUCCCCUGGCCUUUUUUUUUUUUUAGCAACACUUUUCUUGUUUGUAAACACGAGUGACCAGAAAGUGUGAAUGCGGAGUAGGAAUAUUUUUCGUGUUCUCCUUUAUCUGCUUGCCUUUUUUAGAGAGUAGGAGUGGUUCCUAUUUCGGAAAAGGACGUUCUAAUUCAAAGCUCUCUCCCAAUAUAUUUACACGAAUACGCAUUUAGAAAGGGAGGCAGCUUUUGAGGUUGCAAUCCUACUGAGAAGGAUGGAAGAAGGAGCCAGGCACCGAAACAACACCGAAAAGAAACACCCAGGUGGGGGCGAGUCGGACGCCAGCCCCGAGGCUGGUUCCGGAGGGGGCGGAGUAGCCCUGAAGAAAGAGAUCGGAUUGGUCAGUGCCUGUGGUAUCAUCGUAGGGAACAUCAUCGGCUCUGGAAUCUUUGUCUCGCCAAAGGGAGUGCUGGAGAAUGCCGGUUCUGUGGGCCUUGCUCUCAUCGUCUGGAUUGUGACGGGCUUCAUCACAGUUGUGGGAGCCCUCUGCUAUGCUGAACUCGGGGUCACCAUCCCCAAAUCUGGAGGUGACUACUCCUAUGUCAAGGACAUCUUCGGAGGACUGGCUGGGUUCCUGAGGCUGUGGAUUGCUGUGCUGGUGAUCUAUCCCACCAACCAGGCUGUCAUCGCCCUCACCUUCUCCAACUACGUGCUGCAGCCGCUCUUCCCCACCUGCUUCCCCCCAGAGUCUGGCCUUCGGCUCCUGGCUGCCAUCUGCUUAUUGCUCCUCACAUGGGUCAACUGUUCCAGUGUGCGGUGGGCCACCCGGGUUCAAGACAUCUUCACAGCUGGGAAGCUCUUGGCCUUGGCCCUGAUUAUCAUCAUGGGGAUUGUACAGAUAUGCAAAGGAGAAUACUUCUGGCUGGAGCCAAAGAAUGCAUUUGAGAAUUUCCAGGAACCUGACAUCGGCCUCGUCGCACUGGCUUUCCUUCAGGGCUCCUUUGCCUAUGGAGGCUGGAACUUUCUGAAUUACGUGACUGAGGAACUUGUUGAUCCCUACAAGAACCUUCCCAGAGCCAUCUUCAUCUCCAUCCCACUGGUCACAUUUGUGUAUGUCUUUGCCAAUGUCGCUUAUGUCACUGCAAUGUCCCCCCAGGAGCUGCUGGCAUCCAACGCCGUCGCUGUGACUUUUGGAGAGAAGCUCCUAGGAGUCAUGGCCUGGAUCAUGCCCAUUUCUGUUGCCCUGUCCACAUUUGGAGGAGUUAAUGGGUCUCUCUUCACCUCCUCUCGGCUGUUCUUCGCUGGAGCCCGAGAGGGCCACCUUCCCAGUGUGUUGGCCAUGAUCCACGUGAAGCGCUGCACCCCAAUCCCAGCCCUGCUCUUCACAUGCAUCUCCACCCUGCUGAUGCUGGUCACCAGCGACAUGUACACACUCAUCAACUACGUGGGCUUCAUCAACUACCUCUUCUAUGGGGUCACGGUUGCUGGACAGAUAGUCCUUCGCUGGAAGAAGCCUGAUAUCCCCCGCCCCAUCAAGAUCAACCUGCUGUUCCCCAUCAUCUACUUGCUGUUCUGGGCCUUCCUGCUGGUCUUCAGCCUGUGGUCAGAGCCGGUGGUGUGUGGCAUUGGCCUGGCCAUCAUGCUGACAGGAGUGCCUGUCUAUUUCCUGGGUGUUUACUGGCAACACAAGCCCAAGUGUUUCAGUGACUUCAUUGAGCUGCUAACCCUGGUGAGCCAGAAGAUGUGUGUGGUCGUGUACCCCGAGGUGGAGCGGGGCUCAGGGACAGAGGAGGCUAAUGAGGACAUGGAGGAGCAGCAGCAGCCCAUGUACCAACCCACUCCCACCAAGGACAAGGACGUGGCGGGGCAGCCCCAGCCCUGAGGACCACCAUUCCCUGGCUACUCUCUCCUUCCUCCCCCUUUUAUCCUACCUCCCUGCCUUGGUCCCCCCAACACAUGCGAGUACACACACACCCCUCUCUCUCUGCUUUUGUCAGGCAGUGGUAGGACUUUGGUGUGGGUGGUGAGAAAUUGUAAACAAAAACUGACAUUCAUACCCAAAGAACCAGCCUCUCACCCCAGGGUCCAUGUCCCAGGCCCCACUCCAGUGCUGCCCACACUCCCAGCUGCUGGAGGAGAGGGGAGAUGCCAAGGUGCCCUGCAGGUCCUCCCUCCGGGCCACACCCUCAGCUGCCUCUUCAGGAACCGGAGCUCAUUACUGCCUUCCCUCCCAGGGAGGCCCCUUCAGAGAGGAGAGGCCACAGGGGCUGCGUUGUGGGGGAACAGGCUCAAGCAAUUCUGUCCCCAUCAAGGGGUCAGCUGGAGAGACCCAAGACCCUAUCUGUUCACCAGGGACCCAAAAUCCAAGGGGAUGCUUCCCUCUGCCCCUCUUUCCUGCCCCUCCCCGUCAUACCUGCACCCAUCCCAGCCAGGGCUCCCUGUCCAGAAUUCGGUUCUCCUCAGGACGCCAACUCCCAGAGCUAAGGACCAAGGAGAAGAACAGCCUCUCCACCCCCAAGCCAGGCGGUUGAGGAACAUAUUGAGAAAGGCUCAGAUUGCAGAAACCCAGCCCUGCCCCUGCCUCCUGCAUCCAGCCCCCAACAUGGUGCCAAAGCUUCCAGAAGCCAAAAAGCUUCUGAUUUUUAAGGUAGUGGCAUCUCUCUCCUAAUGACAAAGCCGCUCAGCAACUCCACCUGCCCGCCACAGGAAGGAGCAGUCCCCUGCUAUCCCUGCAGCCACUCCCAGCACACCCGCACACAGCCAGCACCACCGCCCCCACCAUGCACUUCUCCUCUCUGGGCCUUGGCUUGGGACCAGGCAUGAAGGAUCCCCAAGCCCUUCAGGCCUGAGAUCAGAGCCAGAUCAGCCUUAAGUCGCCUCCCAUCCAAGAACUUGGCCUAAAAAUACUCCCCUAUUUCUAACCCUCAGGACGGAUCUGAUAUUAAAUGCCUUCCCUGGGAGGAAGGGCGCUUUCCCCCUCCCUAGAAGUGCCCAUUCCAUACCCUGGGAGACUGAGGAGAGCAUUGGUUGAAGCCCAGUUCCUUUCCCAUCCGUCCCCAACUCCAAUAGCCCCCCACUCCUCACAGGUCUCAGUGUCAUGCUGUCUUGGGGCAGGGGGAAAGGGCAGUGGCAGCAGGGCGCCCGCUCUGGAGAUCCUCAAUAAAGGCCCUCCUCUGUGGCUGGCGGCCUCUGACCUUUCCCUGGGCUUCAAAGGAAGGCUGUGGAGUUUGCUGUGGGCCCUGCAACCUUCCCAGCCACUCCUGCUGCACUAAGGACUUAGGAUCCUUUUAUCACAAAUCGGGAUUCUCUCCCCCACCCCGAAUUCUGUCUGCUUAAACUGGAAUACACAGGAGCCCUUCCCAGCCUGGAUGGUGUCUCCCAGCUUCCCCGCCCAGCUUGCCCACCCCAUAGUUGGUGAGAUGCCAAGUUUGGUCUGAGUUGUGACCCCUUCAGAGUAGAUGCCCGGCAGGCUGGGGUUGGCCCCUGGAGGGUCAGGGGACCAUCUUCUUAUUCCCUCUUUUCUCAUUCCUCCAACUUCCCUCCUUCAAUUAUUUUUUUGUAAAGCUGAUGCCUUACUUUUUGGAUAAAUAUUUUUGAAGCUGGUAUUUCUAUUUCUUUUGGAUUUUUUUAAUGUAAGGUUGUUUUGGGGGGUGGAGUUAGAACCUUAAUGAUAAUUUCUUUCGUUUGGUGUAGGUUUUAGAGAUUUGUUUUGUGGAGAGGUUUUUUUCUUUUGAUGUAAUAAAAUUUAAAAUGGAAA